AUGAGUGAAGAAACUCUGUAUUGGAUCCGACUGGUUUCUGGAAACUGGCCAGAAUUUCUUGGAGCAACAUUUAACUUUGAGUAUGAUGAAGAGUCAAAGAUUCCUCAAAUUCAGACCAAACAAGAGGACGGAGAAUUUCUUCUUCAUAUUAAUGACGCUAAGCGAAGCGACACUGGACUUUACUACUGUGUUAAAGUCAGACAACUUGACUUCAUAUUUAUGAAUGGAACAUUUCUACAAAUUAGAGGAAACGAAUCAGAUGUAACUGUUUUUCUGGAGGAUUCUCCAUCUUUUGCCAUUCAGUCAGAGACCCAAGAAACUCUGCAGUGUUCAGUUCUCUCUUACUCUGAGAGGAAAACAUGUCCAGCAGAUAACAGAGUGUACUGGUUCAAAGCUGGAUCAGAUAAUUCUCAUCCCAACUUACUUUAUUUACAAGAAAACAGUGGAGAUGAGUGUGAAAGCAGUCCUGAAACUCCUUCUGUACAAAAAUGUUUUUACAACUUUUCGGAGACCUCUGAUGCUGGGAUUUAUAGCUGCGCUGUGGCUGCAUGUGGACAGAUAUUAUUUGGAAAUGGAGCAAAACGUUUUGGUGCCAACUCUAUGGAUUUUUCCAAAAUAUUUCUUCCUUUAUUGUGCUCGGCUUUGAUUAUAAGUCUUGUUGUAAUAUCUUGGCUCACUUAUAAAAUCAAGAAGAAAAAGUGUGGCUGUUGCAAUGGUACGGCAACAAGUUCUGGUGAUCAGCAAAGUCAACAGAGAGAAGAGAAUUUGGUUUAUUCUGCGCCAACAUUUAACAAGAACAAAGCUAAAAAAGGAGAAAGAAGGAACGUAAAAUCGGGUCAAGAGGAGACGGUCUACACUGAUACGAAAGGACCCGACCACACCGAGGUGAGGUACGCAACCAUCAUGGACCCAGAAGUAUUGUGGGAUACGGUUGAGGACUAUGUGGCAGUUGUGGCUAGCCCAUACUCUGCCCGUAAACGCUUAAAUAUAGCCACGCGCAUGGUCCUCAUGCUGGACCACUGGAUCCCUAGACUUCCGCAUCUGGGGCUGGUGGAGUUGCAACAGGAGGCAGAGUGGCAACGCCUGACAGCCAUAGCCGUUCUGAAUGCUCUGGGGCUCAGAGGGGAAGCCUGCCCUGAUGCUCCUUCCCUCCUGCCUCACCCGGAGAGCCAGGCCGCCGCUGCUUGGACCUCUGUUCGUGGUGCGCCGACUCCUUCAUCCACGGAGGCGCAGGCGAUUCUUCUUGGUGGCUGUGUCCUUGGCGUGCCACCUGCAGCCCUCGAUGUUUCCCUCCUUGCUGCUGCCAUCCGGAUCACAGCCACACGGGGCAUCUGCCUGCGCCUGCUCACCAGCAAGUUUCUGGAGGUCCAGAUGGCGUCUUUCAUGGUGGCUAGGGUGAGCCACAUCUCCUCAAAGUCUUUUUUAGGCCUUUUCUGGUGGCUCACCCCAUACAGCACUAGCUGGAGGACCUCCCUUGCUGGCAAGUGUGGGAAUUUCAAGGAGUCGGCCUUCGCCCACAGGUCCACAGCAGCGCUGCACUCCCACAGCAGGUGCCUCACCGACUCCGGCGCGCCACAACCGGGUCGGGGGCAGAUGGACGUCGGAGACAUGCCGCGGGAGUGCAUAACGGCUCUGGCCGGUCAGGAGUCAGAUAUCACUGAUAUCAUUCAGAACCCUCCAUCUGGCUCAUUUAAUGCAGAAAACUCAAACACUCUGCAGUGUUCAGUUCUCUCAGACUCUGAGAAGAAAUCAUGUCCAGCAGAUAACAGGGUGUACUGUGAAAACAGCUUAAAGAUGAAACUGUUAUGGCUUGCACUGAUCCUCCUGCACCAAGGAUAUGCCUUGGUUCAAGUGACCAACGUUCAGCUUGGAGACACUGUAACCUUGAAAUGCUCUUUUCCAGAAGAAAAGAUGAGCAGCAGUAGUGAACUUCACUGGUACAAACAAAGUGCAGGAAAUAAACUGGAAUUAAUUUUGAAGCUGAUGGAAAAUACCAAGCCUACUUAUGGACCUGAAUUUUUGGGCUCAAGACUGACAGCAACAUAUACAGAGAAAAUUAGCAAACUGACGAUUAGGAAGACGACUGAAGGAGACGAAGGCAUGUAUCACUGCGCUGUGAUUGACUGGAACAAGAACAUUUGGCAAGGGACCUAUUUGCUAAUACGAGGAAACACUGUGGUGUCUUCAAAUUACAUAGUUGUUCAAACGCCAACAAUAUCACAUCCAGUUCAUCCAGGAGACCCAGUGACUCUUCAGUGCUCGGUCCUCUCUAGCUCUGACAACGAGAAAUGCUCAGGAGAUCUGAAUUUGUUCUGGAUAAGAGCCGGAAACAAAUCUCUUCCAAACUUCAUCUACACUGAUGGAAACAGAGAAAACAAAUGUGAAGAGAAACUGGACUCUCAGCAGAAAUGUGUGUAUAACUUCUCUAAGACAGUCAAUGCCUCUGAUGCAACUGUCUACUGUGCUGUGGCCACAUGUGGAAAAAUAUAUUUUGGAAAUGGAACCAAUAUGGAUAUUAAAGAAUCCAGCUUGUGGAACGCUAGAAAAGUCAUUAUUCUUCUCUCUGCUGCUCUGGCAAUAAGUCUGGUUGUGAUCGCUCUUCUUAUUUACUUCAGUCUGAAAAAUGAAUGUAUUCACUGUAAAGCUGAUUCAGAGUUACAGAAAAAUAUCAGCAGACAGGAAACUCAAGAGAGAUGCCAGGAUGGAUGGAUUUACUCUGCAGCCAUCUUUACUACAAUAAACUCUGACUGGACAGGACUGAAGAAAGAAGCAGAGAAAGAGAGGAUCUACGCCACUGUCAAAGCUUUUGGAUUAAAUUGAGGAAAUUGUUUGCUUUAACCUUAAACUAAAUAAAGGUAUAAAUAAAGAUUUCUUUUUUGCAUUGAUUAUAGAUUACUUAAAUCCAUUUUGUUUU